UUUCUUUUUAUUUUUCACUUUCUCUGGGAGAAAGUAGGGUUUUUUUAUUUUUUUAUCUAUUGAUAUACAAGCACAAUGUCAGAUACAACUACCCGUAAACGUAGUUUAUCGAUAGAAGACGAAGAACAAGUGAAACGGCCACGCAAUAACACCUUGUUAAACGACUUGACAGCUAUUCUUGCAGAAAUCAAAUCUACCCCUUCUUCGGGCGAGAUCUCUGCUGAAUUAUUAAACUCUCUUCGUCUAUUGAUGCUUCAGAUUGAAAGUCUUUCUGCCGAUGAGUCAAAUACAGAAGCGAAACGCAUGAAGGACGAGAGCGACAAAUGUCUCGAUCUUUGGUUUCAAGAUCUAGUAGCACAAUGUGAAGCCGAUGGAGAAGACUUACUGGAAGAACAAUUAUUUAAUGCUGAGAGCGAUAAUGAAGAUGAAGAAGAGAAUCUUGCUCUUGCACUGGCUUUACAAGACGAAGAAGAUUAUUGCCAGGAAGUAGAUCAAGUAUGCAGUAAACAAUUACAAGAAGAUGAAGAAGAGGAUAUUGAAGUUGAAAUCGUUUAAGACACAAACUGAACAACAACAACAACAAAAAAAAAGUGGGGCCAUGUACAUAAACCAAUGAUUAAAAACAAAGAUACCACCAUUUACAAUAUUAAGG